UGCACGAGCUUCGUUUGCCCUCAUCGUUUUCUUAUUUUAGUGUAUCCACUAAGGUAACCGUGGCUAAGCGUUAGCCGAACGAAAAACAAUUAUUUCCAUUUUAUAACCGGAAUGGCUUGGACUUGAGCGUUAACGUAAACAGGAAUUUGGAUUUUCCUAGCUGUAUUGCACUGAGUAAUUAGAUAGCUUGUGCUGCAUGGCUACAGUGAGGAUGUGUCCUGUGCUGCCUAUGCUGUUUUUAUGGAUUCUGGUAAGGGAUUCAGGGGCCCAUCGUUAUGUGGACAGUGGCCUGGAUUUUGCAGCAAGCUUCGGAAGCAUUUCUUCCUCGGUUACCUGCCCUGCCAAUGCCAGCCGGAUUUUCUAUGGAAUCAUGUUUGAUGCUGGGAGUACUGGCACACGUAUACAUGUCUACACCUUCAUACAGAAAGACCGAGAAGGAUUACCCAUUUUGGACAAUGAAAUGUUUGAUUCUGUGAAGCCUGGUUUAUCUGCUUAUGCUGACAUGCCUGAAUAUGCUGGGCACAUGGUACGGCAGUUGCUAAAGAUUGCCAAGAACACAGUGCCUCGUGUGGUGUGGAAACAAACCCCAUUAGUGUUGAAGGCAACAGCAGGACUGAGACUGCUGCCACCAGCCAAAGCUCAUGCUCUACUAGAGGAGGUUCAAAAUGUGUUUGAUGAAUCUCCGUUUUAUGUACCUGCUGAUAGCGUAAGCAUAUUGAGCGGAACAAAUGAAGGGAUCUUGGCCUGGGUGACAUUAAACUUUCUGACAGGCCAUCUUUACCCCAAGACAAAAAAGACUGUAGGAAUUUUAGAUUUAGGUGGAGGUUCAACUCAAAUCACCUUCCUUCCCAAGUCAAAAAAAACAAUUGAGAGAGUUCCAGCUGAUUAUAUAGCAAGGUUUGAUGUAUUUAACACAACUUAUGAGCUUUACACACACAGUUCCCUUGGGCAUGGAAUCAAAGCAGCUCGUCUUGCUGCUAUGGGUGCUCUAACCUCAGAAGGUUUGGAACGGAAAGCUUUUAAAACCUUCUGCCUGCCUAAACAAUACAAAGGAGAAUUUAGCUUUGGAGGGUUCACAUACAAAGUCAAUGGAAUCUCAGAUGGUAACACUGGGUACAAGAUCUGUUACCAGGAGAUGCUGAAGGUUGUGAAAGGAAUUAUCCAGCAGCCAUAUGAGCUGAAAGACAGCUCUGUCUUCUAUGCCUUCUCUUACUAUUUUGAUCAUGCUGUUGAAGCAAACCUCAUUGAUGAAGCACAAGGAGGAACUCUGCAGGUUCUAGAUUUCAAGAAAAAAGCCAAAGAGGUGUGCAACAGAAUGUCCCUAUAUAAUCCAGACUUCCCCUUCCUCUGUAUGGAUCUUGCAUACAUAACCUGUCUACUGAAGGAUGGCUAUGGCUUCCAGGAAAAUGCAGCCCUUGAGUUGACCAAGAAGGUGAACAACGUAGAAGCCAGCUGGGCACUGGGGGCCGCUAUCAGUUACUUAGAACACAUCACACAGAACACAUACUUUCCCCUCUGAGGGAACGUAAAGCUGUUCCAGCUCUUGACAGACUUCCUUAAGUUACUUUUGUAGCAAUAGCCCCCCCAGUAUUUUUUGUUAGCUGUAUCAGCUAUACAGAUACCGUUUUGCUUUUUGGUAUGCAUAAACAAACAGGUAAUAGUACAUUAUAAAAAUGUAAGCAAUACAACAAGCAAUUAUACAUAAUAGGGAAGAAGACAUGAUGAAGUUAUUGCAUAACAUUUGUUGAACACAUCUGAUUCAUGUCUAGGCAAACAUGAAAGCAGAACUCAGAACAAGUUUGAUAGAUUUUGACUACACUACAUUUAUCACUACACAUCAAACAUCAAUUCUGUUCUUUGUCAUACCUUUUGUAUCUGUUCCAACUGAUCCAAAAUAAAUAAUAAACAAAAAAUCUGGAGAAUUAAAAAAAAUGUAUUAUAUCUAUGUCAGAGCUGUGUUAGAGAAUGUUGACAUUUUAUUCAUCAUAUACCUUGCAUCUGAAACUUUGUCCACCACUCAUAACUCUGUCCAGAAAUAUUCCUUGCCUUUUUUAGUCACAAUCUAUUUUUUGGAUACUGAAACCUAAUUUCAUUUCAAGUCAUUCAAUGGAUGUGUCACACUAAACACAUUGGCUAAGUUCACACAUUUAUAUUUCAUACAUAUUUCUUUAAUUGAAAAUGAUCAACUGUCUUCAAUACACAAUGCCAGUUUUGUUUUAAAUGUGAAUUUGCCUUUGGUUAAAAUUUUUUUAAAAAAAUUCAGAUUGACCUUGAGAUGUUUAGUACCUCAUAUGCAUUUGUAACAAAUAGUGGUUGGUUGCUUUAUAGAAAUAUUUAUAAAUGUUAUAUGAAAGUUAUUAAACUGAGUCUACCAAAUUCUUGCACUUUCUCCUAACCAUUAGAUAAUGGCAUGAAAAAAAAUGGUAACACAUGCAAUUUUUUAUUUUA